AUAACUAGCUGGGAUGUUUGUUGUUAGCAGUGUAAUAUGUCUAGAAACGUUUUGCUUAGCAUUCUCCAGCUCUAGCUAGCUGAAAACAUAGCAGCUAGCUAGCUAGCUAGCCAGCUCUAGCUAGCUAACAGCUCCGUAUGGGGCCAUGGCUAAAAGGGAUCCAUCUUUUGUCAAAUUAACCGUCAAAAGUUGGCAGGUUUUGCAUUUUAACUAGCCCUAACCACUUUCCUAAUCUUAACCUAAUUGUCACAAAAUGCUACAAUAACACGUUUUGCUUAGCUAGAUAAUUAGCUAAACUCACGAAAUUAAUGUCAUAACGUUAUUUUUUCGAAAUCAAGGGGUAUGCCUUUAUUCCAUCUGUCGAUAAUUAGUGUACAUUCAAUUCAAAUAGAUCAAUGACUUAUCUUCCGUUCUUAAUGACGACCAAUAUUACUGGACGCCACAAGCAGAUGUGAAGUCGUCAUUACUAGUCGGCGACACGUUGUUAUUGUUGGACAGCAAACAUGGCGGAUGAAAGUGUUGCUGUGGAGCCAGCCUUCUUAAUUAAGCUCCCAGUGGCCUCUGAGACAAAGAAACGCCAAGCUCCAAAAGCUCCGGAACUUCCCAUUCUGGAGAGGAGGAACUGGCUCAUCCACCUGCACUACAUCCGCAAAGACUAUGAGAUCUGCAAGGCAAUGAUCAAAGAGCAGCUACAGGAGACCCAGGGAAUGUGUGAAUAUGCCAUAUACGUACAAGCUCUAAUCUUGCGUCUGGAGGGGCAGAUCCAGCCAUCCCUGGAGCUGUUCCAGAGUUGUGCCAUCCUCAAUCCCACCAGCCCCGACAACCUCAAACAAGUGGCACGAUCGCUUUUUCUGUUGGGGAAACACAAGGCAGCCAUUGAGGUUUAUCGGGAAGCUGGGAAGCUCAAUGAGAAAGACUGGGAGAUCAACCAUAAUCUGGGUGUAUGCUAUUCCUUCAUAAAAGACUUCCAAAAUUCUGAAGAGCAGUUGAAUGCAGCCCUGCAGUUGAAAAAACACGACAGGACAUUCAUGACACUGGGAAAGGUCCACUUGUUGGCGGGAGACACCGACAAAGCCAUCGAAGUGUACAAGAGUGCAGUGGAGUUCUCUCCAGAGAAUGCCGAGUUGCUGACCACUCUGGGGCUCCUGUAUCUGCAGUUGGGAAAAUACCAAAAAGCAUUUGAACAUCUCGGAAAUGCACUUACUCAUGAUCCUAAUAACUAUAAGGCCAUCCUGGCAGCAGGCAGUAUGAUGCAGACCCAUGGGGACUUUGAUGUGGCCAUGAACAAGUACCGCGUGGCAGCGUGCAUGGUCCCCGAGAGCCCCCCGCUCUGGAACAACAUCGGCAUGUGCUUCUUUGGCAAGAAGAAAUAUGUAGCAGCCAUCAGCUGCUUGAAGCGGGCCCACUACCUGUCUCCGUUUGACUGGAAGGUACUGUACAACCUGGGCCUGGUGCACCUCACCAUGCAGCAGUAUGCCUCUGCCUUCCACUUCCUCAGCGCUGCCACCAACCUGCAGCCCCACCUGGGAGAACUCUACAUGCUACUAGCAGUUGCACUGACCAAUCUGGAGGACGUGGACAAUGCCAGGAGAUCCUAUGAACAAGCUGUGGCUUUAGACCAGUCCAACCCUCUGGUCAACCUGAACUUUGCCAUUCUGCUUUACAACCACGGGGACAAGAAGGGAGCCCUGCAACAGUACCAGGAGAUGGAAAGGAAAGUCAACAUACUGAAGGACAGCAACACUGAGUUUGACCCUGAGCUAAUGGACAUGGCUCAGAAGAUGGCCGCUGCCUUGCAGGUGGGAGAGAGCCUGGAGUGGACCAAGCCGGUCAAAGACCCCAAGUCUAAGCAGCGCUCGGCUGGGGCCCCCAGUAAAACCCCUGGCAGCUCCCAGCAGCCCCUAGGCACCAACCAGGCCCUGGAGCAGGCCAUGUCCUCCGCCGCAGGCUACAACAAGAGCAUCUCACUCCCCACAGGAGUGUCCCCCCACAGCCAGCCCACGCCCCCCUCCCUGGCCUUGGAGGAGGAGCCUGAUGUGGAGACCACCCCCACCCGAGCCCCUCAGCCAGAAGAGUCAGACCCCUCCACCACCAUGCCCCCUCUGGCAGCCAAACCCAAAGUCAAGAAGAACAAGUUGAAGCAAGAGCUGAACUAGACGUCCCGUAUCUAGUCCACAGGCCUGUAGUGUAUCAUCACUCCCAGAAUGUCACUCAGCUUAUCUAGUCCACAGGCCUGUAGUGUAUCAUCACUCCCAGAAUGUCACUCAGCUUAUCUAGUCCACAGGCCUGUAGUGUAUCAUCACUCCCAGAAUGUCACUCAGCUUAUGUAGUCCACAGGCCUGUAGUGUAUCAUCACUCCCAGAAUGUCACUCAGCUUAUCUAGUCCACAGGCCUGUAGUUUAUCAUCACUCCCAGAAUGUCACUCAGCUUAUCUAGUCCAUAGGCCUGUAGUGUAUCAUCACUCCCAGAAUGUCACUCAGCUUAUCUAGUCCACAGGCCUGUAGUGUAUCAUCACUCCCAGAAUGUCACUCAGCUUAUCUAGUCCACAGGCCUGUAGUGUAUCAUCACUCCCAGAAUGUCACUCAGCUUAUCUAGUCCACAGGCCUGUAGUGUAUCAUCACUCCCAGAAUGUCACUCAGCUUAUCUAGUCCAUAGGCCUGUAGUGUAUCAUCACUCCCAGAAUGUCACUCAGCUUAUCUAGUCCACAGGCCUGUAGUGUAUCAUCACUCCCAGAAUGUCACUCAGCUUAUCUAGUCCACAGGCCUGUAGUGUAUCAUCACUCCCAGAAUGUCACUCAGCUUAUCUAGUCCAUAGGCCUGUAGUGUAUCAUCACUCCCAGAAUGUCACUCAGCUUAUCUAGUCCACAGGCCUGUAGUGUAUCAUCACUCCCAGAAUGUCACUCAGCUUAUCUAGUCCACAGGCCUGUAGUGUAUCAUCACUCCCAGAAUGUCACUCGGUCUCUAUCCGUUUUAGUUUUCAUCAAGAAUAGUUAGUCGAAGGCCACAAGGCGUUCACUAGCUUUUUGAUUUAGCUUGUUUACAAAGUGCUUUAUGUUGCUCUUUCUUAAUGGUCUUACUAACCAAGGUGAGCCAGCCUAAUGACAGAGGUGUCAUAAUGAGUUGACUUCCUGAUCAUCAAAGGCCUUGACAUGAUCUCUUUUCAGUAGUUUCAGAUACUUCCUCUGUUCAACUUUCUCUAUCGGGCCGUGUCAAAUGCAGCAUAUGAUUUUUUCUACUUAGCCUUGGUCAGUGGCAGGUCUGGGUUAUUGUUUAUAAUGACACUAAAUAUACAUUCCUCCAUUUUAAGUAACCUCUAAGAUAUGACAAUCAUGAAUGAGAUGAGGGAAAUAAAGAUUGUAGUGUUUUAUACCUAAUAUAUGGAUUUAUCAAGGGCCUUUUUUUAAACUAUUGUGGAAUUUUAAGAUGUUUAGAAAUUGUGAUGUUUGACAGAAUAGAUGUGUAUUUAUUGUUGCAAAAUCCAAAGUGCCAUGAAGGUGAUUGAUAGUGUUCUGCUCUUUAUUUUAGUCAGAGUAGUGUUAGGCUAAAUGCGACACGGUUGGUUGGGUAAACCAUGCUAGCGUGAUGAGUAGCCUUGUCUGAGACUAAAGACUUGACUUAGCUCCCCAAGCUAAGGCCUAGACGUUUAGCUCAGCGGCUAACAGUUGUGGCACGCAGAAGUCUUGUGUAAGUGUGUGUGAACAUGCAUGUAAUAUACAGGUAACUGACUAAAUAAACGAUAUAUCAAAUUAAA